AUGAGUGAAAAAGUGAAACCCACUGCGAUGCUAGUGCAGGCUCUCGCAACUAUGAGCAUUGCCUACUUGACUGGCCUAACGGGCUUCGUCUACGCCUGGCCAUCAUACACAUAUGAAACAUUUACCACAAACAGAACAGUUCUGGUCGAACCAAUGACUCCCACACAAAUAUCAUUGCUGGGAAGUUUGACCAACAUCGGCGGUCUUAUGGGGACCCCGCUGUGUGCGCUGUUCGUGGAUAGAAUUGGCAGAAAGUAUUCAGCUAUGCUGUUUGGAUUGCCUUUUGUUAUCGCGUGGUCAGUAAUAUCACUUACGAAGUCAAUAAAUGUAGUCCUUUUCGCCAUUUGGUUCGCGGGUUUUGGCUCAGGCGGGCAGGCGGUAUCCUCAGUAUACAUAUCAGAAAUCGCUCAAGACUCCAUAAGGGGCGCUCUCACAUCGUCGACUGUGUCCGGUUUCUUUAUUGGAUUACUUCUGUCCUAUUUCCUGGGGGGACAGUUGUCGUAUUACCAAGUGGUUUACGUUCAUUUGGGACUGUCGAUUUUAUAUAUCCUGUUAUUGAUGUUGUUGAAGGAAUCGCCUGUGUAUUUGGUGCAGCAAGGGAAGGAAGAGGAAGCAGCACAAUCGAUUGCAUUUUAUCGUCGAGUGGAUGUAAAAUCUAAGGAAGUAGAAAUUGAAAUAAGAAAGAUUAAAAUGCAACUAGAUCCGAGAAUCAAUCAAAUAUUGCAAGGAGAUGAAGAUCCAGCAGCUGUUGAUUUAUUACAAAAGCCAGCGGAGGCAAAUGAAAAGACUCUAUCACCUUGGAAAUUUUUAAUGAAAUCGGAAUCGUCAAAGCGGGCUCUAUUCUCAGUGCUCUUCGUUAUGGGAGUUACGAUUCUCAUGGGAUCAAUUGUGUUACAAGUAUACGCUGAGCCCUUGUUCAAGGAGGCUGUGCCAACUAUGCAUCCCAAUUUGUGCUCUAUUCUAUUGGCCAUAGAUUACCUUAUCGCAGCGCUGGUGUGCGCGUCUGUCAUUGACAGAUUCGGUAGAAAGACGCUGAUGACAGUAACUUCCAUAGCUUCUGGCAUCUUCAAUAUUCUACUCGGAAGUCAGCUACACCUCCACUGGGCACCUCACUGGUUCACCGCCUUCGUUAUCUAUGGCUACAGUUUCGUUUACAAUCUCGGAGCUGCAGUUGUACCCUUCGUACUGACAGCUGAAGUAUUCCUCCCAGAGGUUCGAGGACUCGGAAACAGCUUAUCCAUGGUUUGCAUGUGGGUAAUGAAUUUUGUCACACUCAUGAUUUUCAACCCGCUAGUGGAUAAGAUCGGCCUGGGACCUACCUUCUAUGCCUUCUCUAUAGUAUGUUUUCUUGGAGCUAUGUACAGUCAGUUCUGUCUACCAGAAACAAAGGGGCUUUCCGCCGAUGCUAUACAAGUAUUGUUUAUGAAGAAACGGCCAGCGUCUGUGAAGGCGUAGUAGGAUAAACUAGGUGGUUUUUGUGAAUUCGUUCGCGUUAACUUUUUGCUUCAAAACUGGCUUGAUUUUAAUAGAUACUAACGAGAAGUAAGUGCUCUUCAUUAUUAGUAAAUUAAUGGAUAAAGUUUCUAAAAAUUCCUUUUACAUUCACUUUUUAUUAAAGCAAGGUGCAAAAUC